ACGAGGAUGUGUCUUCUCAUCUUAGUGACUCUGCUUUGGUCCAGCCCAGGUGUUUUAGGUGCAGAAUGGACUUACUGUCAUGAAACAUACAAAGAAUUCUGUCUCAAACUGAGUGAAGGAGAAAUAAGAGCAGAGGCUGGACUGUGUGCAGUCAUACACUGCUCUUUUAAAACCACUUCAAGAUUUUCUCCCGACAGUCUGGUCUGGUACAAAUGUGAGUCUCGCAGAUGUAGUGAGUCUGAUAUAAUAUUCCACUCCAAAAACAAAGAGAUGAUCCAGUCCAGUUUUUCUGGGCGAGUGUCACUGUUGGAGCCAGAUCUAUAUUAUAGAAACUGCAGCAUCAUCAUCAAUGACCUGGACCCCUCUGACUCUGGCUCAUAUCAGCUCAGAGUCAAUAAAAACAAAGAUGGAUUUACAUUCACCCAUAAAGCCAAUCUCUCUGUCACAUCUCUGCAGCAGAAGCCCACAAUACAGGCUCCUCCUCUCACAGAGGGACAGAACGCCUCUCUCACCUGCACCGCUCCUGGACUCUGCUCUGGAUCUGAGCCCAUCAUCACAUGGACAUGGAGAGGAGCGGGACAGAAGGGCCCGCCCAACAUCACCACGGCAACCACUCCAAGACCGACAGCUGUCAGUCACAGACACAGCUCCACUCUGGAGCUGAGUCCUUCAGCCGAGCUUCACAGAGCUGAGCUCACCUGUACUGUCACUUUUAAUAACAAGCACUCGACACAGGACACUGUCAGGCUCAAUGUUACAUACGUGAGGGACCCUGUUCUUGUUGGAGACUCAAGUGUGGAGGAGGGUGGUGCUCUGAAUCUGACCUGCACAGUGAACAGUUUUCCCCCUUCUACUGUCACUUUACAAAAAGUUGGAACAGAAACUAUUGUUCAAAACCAAACCAUCAUAGACCAAGCAAACACUGGAGGCAUCACUCUUGUUCUUAAUAAUGUGACCCAGGAAGAUGUGGGGCGAUAUGUGUGCACAGCACAGAGUCGAAACAAGACUCUGACAGCACAUCUGGACGUAAAAGUGACUCGGAAGCCCCACAUCCUGAACUCCUCUGGCUGUGUGUAUAACGGGGAGGUGCUGAGCUGUGUGUGUGUGACUCGGGCCUCUCCUGUCCCCUCUGUCACAUGGACUCUGCUCCAGGACCAGUCUGAGUACUCGCUGGUUACCAUGGUGACAGGAGACACAGUCAACAGCAGCUUCGUCCUCAGAGGGACAGGCCACAACAGAACACAAGUCCAAUGUGUGAGCAGCAACAGAGCAGGGCAGGUCCAGGAGUAUUUCACACCCUCCAUCAGCUCUGACACAGCAGAGAGGCUGGGUAUGUGUUAAA